AAAACUUCCCUGGUCUAAUUGUUUUUUUACAUUGUUUUACAAUAAUAGGGCUUCCUCAGGCUUGGACAAAAGACUUUGGAAGGUACUCUGUGGUGGAAGUGUAGACACAGCCCAGGCUCCUUUUUUCUGGCUAGUCUCCUAAGACUGCUGGGGGGAAUGUCACUGACUCACACUACAGGUCUACUCUUGCUGACACUGCUGCUGCUGCUAAAACCCGGGAAGACUCUGCGCUAUGCUCACUCGCUCUGCCUCGACUUCGCGGUCACAUCUCAGUCCAGACACGGACAGCCCUGGUGUGAAGUCCAGGGCUCAGUGGACACAAAGCCUCUCCUCAAGUAUGACAGUGACAGCAACCAGGUCACAGCUUCGGGCCCCCUGGGGGAGGAGGUAAAUGGCACCAAAGCAUGGAGCGACUUGACUGGAACCCUGGGAAGAGUGGGCCGAGAGCUCAGGAUGGUCCUGCCUGUCAUCCAGCUGGGGACAGAGGAGACCACGGGUCCUCCCCGGCUGCAGGCCAAGCUGUGCUGUCAGCUUGAAGCAGAGCGAGGCACCGCUGCCUCCUGGCACUUCAGCUUCGAUGGGCAGACGGCCCUCCUCCUUGACGCCAUGGACGUGAACUGGACAGUCGUGAAUCCCGGAACCACAGGGAUCAAGGAGCAGUGGCCGAAAAAACAGGACCUGGCAGAGGAUUUCAGGAAGCUCGCAGUGGGAGACUGUGGUCACUGGCUGAGGGAAUUCCUAGGACACUGGGAGAAUGUUCCGGAGCAGGAGCCCACAGAACCACCGCUGGAGCCCUCAGAUAACCAGCAGUUACCAGCCGGGAUCAUCCCCCCUCAGGCCUACCUGUCAUUGUCGUCCUCGUCCUCGUCGUCAUUGUCCUCAUCAUUGUCCUCGUCAUCAGGAGAUGUGAUAGGAGAUCAGGUACCCCGGCAACUGUUCCAUCAUCUGGUGUUUCUUCUCUGGACCAACCCGUGGUGGCAGAGACUCAGCUUUGAGGACAGGCUGGCUGCUGCAUUAUUUUCUACUCAGAGGUCCGGAAUUGUGUUCCUCUGAACGUACAAGGCCUUUACAGAGAUUCAUAAGUUUGGAGUUCCAUCUUGGUUCAGCAGAAACAAAUCUCACUAGUAUUCAUGAGGACGCAAGGUUGAUCCCUGGCCUCACUCAGUGGGUUAAGAAUCUUGCGUUGCCAUGGGAGGAAUAUAAACACAAAAAUUCUUAACAAAAUUUUCUCAUACUGAAUCCAACACAUAAAGAAGAUCAUACCCCAUGACCAAGUGGGAUUCAUCCCAAGUUCGCAAGCAUGGAUUGGCAUACCAAAAUCAAUCAGUGUAAUACACCACAUGAACAAAGAAAAGUAAUAAAACCA